AUAUACCAUUGCAAUACAUAUGUUGACUUUAUUACAAGAUAUUACAUUCUAAAGUUUACAAAUAACUCGUAAUCAUUCAAUUGAAAUCAUUUUCCGAUUAUGUCCGGAAACACACGAGUGUAACAACGAUGUUACGGAACACACCGAACACCUUACAAUAAAGCAUUUAUUUUUUUAAAUACUUAAACAGUACGGUGUUUAAACAUUAUAAAAUGUAUAAGGUUAAUACACAUGCGUUUUAGUGUAUUGUUCUUAUAGAAUAUAUCGGUUUUUUAGUAUCCGAGUACUUCCGGAAAAAACGUAAACACUCAUUGCACAUCCGGCUGUAUUGAGAACAACACGUAUUUCGAAGCUUGUUUUGCUUAUUGGUACAGAUCGUUGUGUUUUUGAGGCAUCAAUUCUGCAGUAAUGUCUGUUGAUAAAGUUUUAUGUACACAUUGUGAUACAUUUGUCUCCCGUCGUACGAAAUAUUCCCACAGCAGGCUAGAUUGGCAAAGCAAGUUACCAGACUAUGAGGCGCGGAAGCGACGGAUUCUUGCAUCAGAUGUGGAGAAAGAUGAUAUUUCCAAGAAAAGGAAGGCUAAUGACAGCGUCGAACAGGAAAAAGAGACACACAAGCAACCAUCCGGGACAGCGUGUUCAAGACUAGAUAUCCGGAAGGAUACAGUAAAUGAUGAACUUCCACCAGACAGCCCCUGGAUUCCCUUGACAGAAAAACCUUGCAACGCUGAUGCCUUUGCAGACACAAUCAACAUCGAUAGCAAGGAGGGAUUCAGCGACAAGGAAGGGAAAACAAGUGAAGCAACAAUGGGCCAAAGUGACAGAGACUUAUCAUUUACUGAGGCCAUACCGUUGCCAGUUGAUGAAAGUUUUGUCCACACUGGAGACAAUGAAAGCUUUGAAUGCGGAUUUCAAAAUGAAGACCAUACAAGGGACCACCCAACAGAGCAGAGCAUUCCACAGAAGGCACAAGACAUUGUUAAAUGGAUUGUGACAUCAGUUUUUUCAAUUCAGUUGACACACAAUAUUAGCAAUGCUGGCAUUGUUAAGGUUCUGAUCCUGAUUGGGCAAAUUUUGGCUCUGAUGGCAACGAUUCCUAAAUUAUUGUCGUCAGUUGCAAAGAUAUUCCCAACUAGUCUGUACAUGGCCAAAAAGCUUCUCAACAUACAAUGUGAUAAUUUCACAAAGUAUAUCGUCUGCCCUAACUGUUGUGCACUUUAUGCAUAUACCAGUGUCAUUCAUGUUGUUGAUGGCACUGAGGUUGCUAUGAAGUGCACAAACAUGGUGUAUAGUUGUCGUGCAGCUGGCAAAUCGGGUAGAAAACAAGGCAAAGUUCAUUGCAAUGCUACCCUUGUUAAGGAAGUAUGUCUUAAGGGUGGGAAAAUACAUUUUUCCCCUUUAAAGGUCUUCUGCUACAGUGGCAUCAUUGAAACUUUGCAGCGUUUUCUCUUGCGGCCCAAGUUUUUGGACAAGUGUAACAUGUGGCGUCACAGGAAUGUUCCUUCCAAUUUAUUUGGUGAUGUGUAUGAUGGGGAAAUUUGGAAGAGCUUUUAUGAGCAUGGUGGCACUGACUUUCUCUCUCAACCACAUCACUUUGGGGGAAUGUUAAAUGUUGAUUGGUUUCAACCUUUUGAUCGUCGGAGCGACAUAUCAGUAGGUGCACUGUACAUGGUCCUCAUGAACCUCCCACGUGAUGAAAGGUUUAAACGAGAGAACUGCUUGCUUGUUGGUAUUAUCCCAGCUCUCUCGAAGGAACCAGAGAGUUUAAACUCCUUCCUUACACCAUUAGUCACAGAGUUAAAAGCACUGUGGAAUGGCGUGUUGAUGGAAGUUCAAGGCUCGUCAGCAUCUGUGUCAGUGAAAAUGGCUUUGAUGUGUGCAUCAGCUGAUAUUCCAGCUGCCAGGAAACUUUGUGGUUUCAUGGGUCAUGGUGCCACUCAAGGCUGUUCUCACUGUACAAAGCCUCUUUGGUCAAAUGGCAUUCGUGACUGUGGGCUCCCAAAUCUUGUCCAGUGGCCAAGCCGCAACAGGGAAGAUCAUCUUCGGUGUGCAAGUAAGGCCAGUGCUGCUACUUGUCUCACAAAGAAGAAGCAGGUUGAGAAGUUUUCUGGCUAUCGUUACACAGCCCUUCUGGAGUUGCCUUACUUUGAACCCUCCAGAAUGAGCGCAAUUGACCCAAUGCACAAUCUCUUUCUUGGGACAGCCAAGAAAUUGUUUGGUCACUGGGUCGAGAAAGAGAUCUUAUCUUCAGGGAAUCUCUCAGAGAUAAGCUCCAAAAUUCAGUCAAUCAAUGUAACCUCAGAGGUCGGUCGUAUUCCCACUAACAUAGCUACAAACUAUGGACAAAUGACUGCAAAGGAAUGGAAGAAUUGGGUACUUGUAUAUUCCCUCAUUUGUCUGAAGGGCCUCUUGCCAGUGAACCAUCUUCGCGCAUGGCAGACAUUUGUUCUGGCAUGCAGACACUACUGUCAACCUUGCAUUAGCAAUAUCAAUAUAGGUAUUGCUGGAAGGCUUAUGGUAAAAUUCUGCAACCAAGUGUCAGAGCUGUAUGGUGCUCAUUUUCUGACACCCAACAUGCAUUUACACUGCCAUUUGGAAGAGUCUGUUCGUAGCUUUGGUAGUAUUUAUGGUUUCUGGCUAUUUAGCUUUGAGCGAUACAAUGGAAUACUAUCUGACUUCUCAACAAACAAAAGGUGUGUAGAGGACCAGCUGAUGAGAAAGUUUCUCAUGUAUUCUGUCUCACAUGUUGAUGUUGAUCCAGAAUUUUCACCCCUGUUAGAGAAACUUUUGGAUGUUUCAUCAAAAGCUGAAGUCUUAGUCUCAUCACCAGAGGUUACAUUAGCAUCAACAAUGUCAGUACGUGAAGUUUCCUCCAGUGUUUGGAGUGACAUGUCACUUAUCACUCUCAAAGAUCGAAACACUUCAUUCCAUAAUCUUGGCAAAGAGCAUCUUGACAAUUUAUGCAAGGUGUAUUCUUUCAUGUACAGCAAAUCCGUUCAUUUGGGCAUGCUGUCAUGUAUGUACAGCAGACGCACAUCAUUGUCUUGGAACAAUGAAUCUCUUGGCUGUGAGACGAACAACCGUUCUCUUCGGAACAGCCUCAUCUAUGCGUCAUAGGCAGACAGUCACUCAUGUUUGUCAAAUGUAUUGUCUCCUCGCCCAGCAAGGGUGAAGUACUUCAUACUUCACAACCUUGAAUUACAUCCAGGUCAGACAGUUCAACAUGUGUUUGCAUUUGUUGAAUGGUUCAAAGUUUCUGCAAAUGACUUAGGCUAUCUAAACCCAGUCACUGUUUGGUCAGCCAAAUGUCAGAACGAUGGGCCUGCCUGUGCAACGCAUUCAGGGUAAAUGUGCUUGGCAUAUGGAAGUGCAGAAUUGUCAGAGAUUCAUUGUUACUUGUCCAGUGCCCAAAUCAUUCUACUUGUAGAUGCAUGCCUCCCAAAUAUCCACAUCAGUGUGACUAGUCUUGGUGGUUUACACCGACACUCUACAAAUCUGAAUAAAAAAUGCCAUGUCAGUGUGACUAGUCUGGGUGGUUUACACCGACACUGUACAAACCUGAAUGAAUAAUGCCACAGCAGUGUGACUAGUCUGGGUGGUUUACACCGACACUGUACAAACCUGAAUGAAUAAUGCCACAGCAGUGUGACUAGUCUGGGUGGUUUACACCGACACUGUACAAAUCUGAAUGAAUAAUGCCACAGCAGUGUGACUAGUCUGGGUGGUUUACACCGACACUGUACAAAUCUGAAUGAAUAAUGCCACAGCAGUGUGACUAGUCUGGGUGGUUUACACCGACACUGUACAAAUCUGAAUGAAUAAUGCCACAUCAGUGUGACUAGUCUGGGUGGUUUACACCGACACUGUACAAAUCUGAAUGAAUAAUGCCACAUCAGUGUGACUAGUCUGGGUGGAAUAUAAACCCACAAUUGAUGAAUUCUAAAAGAAUAGUGUCAUGUUACUGUGACAUAACAUUGAGUGAUGUCGACUUGAGAUAAACACAAAUAUUAUUAAUUUUAGUGUAUCUGUGGAUAAAACCUUUCAUGGUAGCAUUGUCUAAUUAUUGUAUUGAAGCCAAUUUUGAACAAACUGAAACCUGUUUCUUGUGAGGCCAGCAGUGUUCAUUGAUAUAUUAUUUGAGAAGACUUUUCGAAAUAACAGGAUCGAUGAGUUCACAGAAAUGUCAGCGUGUAAGUCAGUGAGAGAAGAUGAUUAAUUACUUGAUGUGUUUGCGCAUCUUCUUGUGAUCUUUGAUAUGUAUCUGAAUGACUUAUGCCACAGAAGUGUGACAAUGUCUGGGUGAUUUACAUGGACACUGACACAUGUAUAUCUGUUAGAGAAUGAUGUUGAGUAAUUACUCUAUGUGCCUCUUCUUGUGGUCUGUGAUAUGUAAAUAUGAAACAUUAUGCUUAUUUGUUGUCGAUCAAUAAAUGUAUUUUUUAUCUUA